AUGGCCAAUGUAGACGACGUUCAUACAAAACCGAUCCCGGCCUUUUAUUGCUGUUAUCUUCUCCGAUCAACCGUUCGGCAAACUUCUCUAUACAUCGGCUCUACUCCUCACCCAUCUAGACGGCUUGCGCAGCACAAUGGUGUCUCAAGAGGCGGAGCACGUAAAACUGCAAAUGACAAGAGACCUUGGGAAAUGGUGCUCAUUGUAGAAGGCUUCAUGAGUCGGACUGCUGCCUUACAGUUUGAUACCAUAUAUACGACGUGGGCAUGGCAGAAACCAGGCAAAUCUCGCCAUCUUGGUGAUGACGAUAAUACGGAAUCUGCUCGAGAGAAGGGUAAAACCCGGCCUCGUGGCCCCGCGAGGUCCUUGAAAGGGCACUUGGAGAAUUUGCACGCUUUGCUACGGUCGACAUACUUCUCUGGUCUGCCCCUCAGAGUACGAUUCUUUGCUGACGACGUUCAUCAACUGUGGAGGGUCUGGAGUGAUCGCAUCGAUGGUUUCAUUCCAGAGCACAUCAAAGUUAUCCCAGAUGGUAGCUGUUUCGAGAAUAGGCAGCCUGGUAUCGAGUACCUGAGAGUAGGUAGCGUCGAACACAUUCAGGUUGACUAUAGUAAAAUACAUAGUUACCUGGAGAAGACAACAUUUCAACUGGACGACCCAGAAGACUUGCAGUGCAAAGUUUGCCAGGCACCAGUUGUCCCAAAGGAAGAGCUGGUACUCGUCUGCCCUCAGACGCGCUGUUACUGCGUAAGUCAUUUAUUAUGUCUAUCGGCUAGGUUCUUAGAUUCUACCAAAGACCGGGGAAGACUCAUUCCCAUAUCGGGCAAAUGCCCUGGAUGCCACAAAACUAUUCAAUGGUCCCUGAUGAUGCAGGAAUUGAGUUUCCGGACCCGAGGAGCAAAGGAAUUGCAGGCUAUUUUGAGGAAGAAGAAACGAGGGGACUGCAGGGUAAAAGACGUUCCGGAAAAGGACACUGAUGAUGUGGGGACAGUUACUGCAGAAUGCUGUGACUUUCCUGAGUCAGUUGGUGGAUCAAUAGAAGGGCCAGGCGAUGCCUCCGAUGAAAGUACCCACGACGACGUCCGUCUAGAUGAUGACUGGUAUGAGUCGCUGGGCAUCGAAUCAGACCAUGAGAUCGCUGAUUGGUCGGAAAGCCAUCCUGCAAUGCCCACACGAGUCGAAAUAGUCAUUGAGGAUAGCGAUUGUGAUAAUACAGGAUAG